UAAAAAAAUGUGCUAUUUUCUCGUUUACCCUCAUUCGUGUUCCUUUUGAAAGAAAUGUCUCUUUAAAUAUGUAAUCUUCUACAGCUUCCGUGUUCAAAUGCUCAGUUUCUACCAUAUUUUCUACUGCUAAACAACAAGAAGCACUCACUCCUAAGAGUAUAUAAUGUAUCUCUCCCUCCCUGAGUCCAGAAACCCCCACCUGAGUCACCCCACCAACCCAAGCGCAGGGUGCUGAGGGGCCACUGAGACUAAUGGCCAGCUGCUAUUUUGCAGUGACUUUCUUUUCUCACUAGUCACAUGGCUGUUCUUGAACGCGCGGCGUGCGGAAUCGAAACUGUCUUUUCAAUGAGAGUCCACCACUAGCCCACGCAAGCCCCAAAGACAGCACGAUGUGAAGUCCCGCAAACAAGACAAAGUGUGUGUGGUAAAUUUGUUUGAGAGUGGCGGCGCCAAUGCAAAUGCAAGUGGCAGGCAAUACCAAGGAUCCUCGCCAGAAUGGAAAAUCGGUCAUUGUGGGAAGGGUUUGCUGGGUCUGACCCUGGCUGCUACUAGACAAGCAAGUGUGAAAUCCGUAUGAAAGGUAAGCAGCUGAUAACAUUACCCAACAAAGGCAAUAUCAUCUUCUUGGUUCUCGACGUUUUCCUUUCCAGCACUCUCAUAUCUGCCUACGCCGAUUUUCUCCAUCUCGUCUCGCUGCGUAUAUGUGUAUUUCACCGUGGUCAGUCUGUUGUUGUUUGCUUGUGGUGAAUGAAAUGCUCCCAAACAUCAAACAGCAGUGGCGUUGAGCGCUGUUUGAAAAGGACCGCUACUCUGUGGUCUUUGUGCUUCCCUUUUCAUCCCGCUCAGAAUGGGCAGCAUAUCAAACAGUUUUGUUUUCCUUUCAGAGCUCAUUGCGUUUGGCUGUAAUCGUCACACUUUUUCGGCCGAUGAUAUCCAGUUGCUUUUCUGAUGUUUACUUUGCAAUUAGGAGCACAUCACUCAUGCCUGUGGGGUCUGUUGCCAUAGUUACAAUAGGGUUCCGAGGUCUAUCAUCUGGUCCUCGCGUCCACCAAUCAGGUUGCAGAGCUGAAGCUGCAACAUAAAGUAAAGAUGCACAUCUUUCAGCAACACAGUUGUAAGAAAACAGAAAGAGAUUCAUGAGUAAAAGAAAGUACUCCGGGGUGGCAAGUAGGCGACUGCGCCCAGUCAUGGCGGACGGCAGAAAUCACAGCGGAGGAGACACCCAGCAGGAGAGGCAGAUUCGGAUGGACACAGUCAAUAACCUGGAAUGGACCAAUUUAUUGUGGACAAUCACCUUGGAUUUGUUGAAAAAGCAGAGGAUGCAGUUUUUACUGGGACUUGAUAUAGUCAAUGGUAUUGACAUGGAACCUUCUGUCAGUGGAGGGAGAGUUGGGGGAUGCCAGAAAACACAGGACAGAUAUUUACAACUUCCUCAGGAGGAAUUCUUUCGCAGUGGCAUUAAUAGAAGUCUGGAUAUAAACUUUCUGCCUCGUGGGCUGUACUGGGACAGAGUGCAGGGACACUAUGAGCAUGAGUGUAAACGAGAAGGGCAUCUGUUAUCUGCCAGACCUGGGCAGCAGCUUCACUGAGGAUGCCCCCAGACCCCCGGUCCCUGGGGAGGAGGGCGAUUUGGUGUCCAGCGAUGGACGGCAAUACAACCACAGUUUUUACUCGUCCAAAAGCGACAGCCUCAAGAACGAGGCCUCCAUAGCUACGCCUAGACGACCCGACCUGGACCUGGGCUAUGAGCCCGAGGGUAGCGCUUCCCCAACGCCGCCCUAUUUAAAAUGGGCGGAAUCCUUACACUCGCUGCUGGACGACCAAGACGGCAUCCACUUGUUUAGGACUUUCCUCAAGCAAGAGGAGUGCGCGGAUAUGCUGGACUUCUGGUUCGCUUGCAGCGGAUUCCGCAAGCAAGAGGCCAACGAUGGCAACGAGAAGAUGCUGAAACUCGCGAAGGCCAUUUACAAAAAGUACAUCCUGGAUAACAAUGGAAUCGUAUCCCGGCAGAUCAAACCCGCCACCAAGAGCUUCAUCAAAGACUGCGUGAUGAAGCUGCACAUCGAUCCGGCUAUGUUCGACCAGGCGCAGACGGAAAUUCAGACUAUGAUGGAGGAGAACACCUACCCUUUGUUUUUAAAGUCCGACAUUUACUUGGAGUACACCAGGACUGGCGGAGAGAGUCCCAAACUGUUUAGCGACCAGAGCUCGGUGUCAGGCAACGGCAAAGUCUUGCCGGGCUACUUGCCGACUGUGAUCGAAGACGUGGAGUGGAGGUGCGACCAGGAGGAGGAGCAGAUCGCGGAAAGUGACCCCACUCCCAGCAACAGGCUCACCCAGAAGCUGCUUCUGGAAACGGUGCCUCAGCGGGUGGCCAACAGUAAAAGAUAUCAGGACAACCGUGAGUACAGACACGCGUCAUGGAGGGAGCCCGUCAAUCCGUACUACGUGAACUCUGGCUACGCGCUGGCGCCCGCCACCAGUGCCAACGACAGCGAGCAGCAGAGCAUGUCCAGCGAUGCAGACACGCUUUCCCUGACCGACAGCAGUGUAGACGGAGUCCCACCUUACAGAUAUCGUAAACCACAUCGACGUGAGAUACACGAAAGUGCCAAAGUUAAUGGGCGAGUGCCACUACCUCAUAUUCCUCGCACAAACCGGAUACCAAAGGAUAUUCACGUUGAGCCAGAGAAGUUUGCGGCGGAGCUGAUCAGCAGGCUGGAGGGGGUGUUGAGGGAACGAGAGGCGCAGGAGAAGCUGGAGGAGCGUCUCAAGAGGGUUCGACUGGAAGAGGAAGGUGAUGAUGCAGACAUCUCCACCGGUCCCUCUCUGGCCAAUCACAGGAUUCCUCCAGCGGUCCACGUUCAGCAUUAUGGUGGUCGCUACUCUGAAAUGAGCUACAACGGGCUGCAGCUAAGGGACGCGCACGAGGAAAACCCCGAAAGCAUCCUGGAUGAGCAUGUACAGCGGGUCAUGAAAACUCCUGGCUGUCAAUCUCCAGGCACCGGACGCCAUUCUCCGAAGUCCCGCUCGCCAGAUGGGCUGCCGGCGGGUAAGAUUCCUGGGCUGAUGAUGCCGCUGUCUGGUGGCCAAGGCAAGCACCAGGCUCGGCAGGGCCCAAAGGGUGAGGCGGCGCACCUGCAUCAUCACAAACACAUCCACCACACACACUAUGCUGCGGCGGGAAAGCCCAAAGAGCAGGCGGAGGCAGAGGCUGCAAGGAUGCAUGGAGGAUUCGCCUGGAACACGGAGCAACACCACUAUGGACCCAAGUCACGCAACUAUGCAGAUGGAAUGAGCGUCGGUCCCAACACCAUGGACCCUAUGGGUUACAGCAGUAAAGGCAGCACGCUAUCCAAGCGACCGGUCAGAAAAGGAGAAGAUGGUCGAAACUUUGAGAUGCGAGAGCCCUUACCUGCUGACGACAUGGAGAGGAACCAGAAGAUACUACAGUGGAUGAUGGAGGGCGAGAAGGAAGCUGGGCGUUAUAAGAGGAGCCCUUACGGGAGCAUUUCUGGGCCCAAGAAAGCUCAGGGUCAUGAGCCGGCCCGGCCCAGUUCGGUGGAGCGUCUGGGGGCCGUGCACCCAUGGGUGACCGCUCAGCUCCGCAACAACGUGCAGCCCUCUCAUCCCUUCAUCCAGGACCCAACCAUGCCCCCCAAUCCAGCCCCAAACCCCCUCACCCAGCUGGAAGAGGCGCGCAGGCGGCUUGAGGAGGAGAGAAGGAAGUCUGGGACACUGCAGGCCAAGCAGAGGUAUGUGAUGGAGGUGAUCCAGAGGGGUCGUACCGCUGUCAGACCCGCUCUGUUCCCUGCGCUCAGUGUGGUGCCCGCCGUCUCUGACACGGAGCUCUCCGACGCAGAGCAUAAGAAUAUGAAGAAGCAGCCCUGUGAGAACAUCACCGUAGCCUAUUAUUUCUGCGGUGAACCCAUCCCAUACAGGACGUCCGUCAAGGGGAGGAUCGUCACGCUUGGACAGUUCAAGGAGCUGCUCACUAAGAAAGGGAGCUACAAGUAUUAUUUCAAGAAAGUAAGCUAUGAGUUUGACUGCGGAGUGGUGUUCGAGGAGGUACGCGAAGAUGACGCCAUCCUGCCCAUCUUCGAGGAGAAGAUCAUCGGAAAAGUGGAGAAGGUCGACUGAGGCCGGGACGGAGGCUAGAGGAGAGGAACUCGGGCUGUGGAGGAUGACAGAAUGGAGCUGCAGUGAGCAGGUGCUGAGUUUGGUACAGCGAACGUGGACGUGCUGGAGAGCCAGAGGUGCGGAAACGAGGAAGAAGGCUGUGGAAAGUACACUAUUUACUCCGAGGCUUCAACCUCCGCUCAACAGAAGUGCUCGAGAUCACUGCGUUGGGCACCGAUAGCCCUCGGACUCACUCACUCACUCACAGAGAGACGCAAGCUGGAGGCAGCGUCCUCUCACUUUUGCUAUAUUUCUAACUCUGAAAACUGUAGCAAUGUAAAGUUAGCCUAGAAAAAAAAGUACUAUGAAUAUGUUUACUAAAGCUGCAUAUUUUUGAUAUGACGUAUUCAGAAGGAACAUAUCCUUUCUAAUUUAACAACUCUUGUAAUUUUAUAUGUACUGGUACCAGAUGUGUACAGAACUGUCUGUUUAAAAGGAAAAAGAGAAAGUUUUAUAUCUAUUUAAAUAUUUAAAAGUGAAAAAAAAGGACAAAAAAAACUAAAAGAGAAAUCGGUUCACCCAUAUCAAAGCUGCGGCAUCAACCUGACCCCCAAAACGGUGGUAAGUUUUCAAAAGCCUGUGGUUAUGGAGGAGCAGGAAUCAUAACCCACGCUUUACCAAGUGCUUUUAACUCCCAUCAAGUCCGCACGAGAGAGGGAGGAGUCAGUCAAACGCCGCACUUUCCACUGCAUUAUGCAUUGAUGUCAAAGGAGAAGCUAUACGACGAUGCCUUCACAUUGUGUUUGAGUGAUGUCACGACACGCGUAGUGCAUAAUUAUUCCUCCCCUUUGAGUGCGCUGACAUUUAUCUCCAGAUUGUCGAGUGGAACAAUGGUAGGUCUGUAGUUUUAUCUCCAAGGUCUCUUUCCAGGUGCUUGCGUGCGUGAGAUCUGCCUGUUUAGGAGCAGGAAAUGUUUGAGCCUUGUGGAAGAGAGGGGUCCAUCAUCUAUCGAGUGCCAUUGGACAAUAUAAGGAUCAUGUUUACACUUACCUUAAUGUAUUACAGAACAGGAAACAAAUAAAGAAUUGUAGCCUUUUAGCUUAACACGGCUAAUUGUGGUGCCUGGCGAGAAUGAAUUGUUUUAAAACGUAGUUUUUAGCCUACCGUGAUCUGCCUUGUUGAGAUCACGAAACACCAAAGAGAACAAUCUAUCACAGGAGUCGACUAAAAACCCGUUUGCGUUGUUUCGGCAGCAAAAACCAAGCUCCUUUUUAGAGUUUUCAGGCUGUGUUGUAACGAAACACUGAGAUAAAUGCUAGGGAAGGCCUGGCGAGAUUGAGCCAGAUGUGGUGCUGUAACGUUAGAAUGCUUUUAUUUUUAUUUUGUCGUCGUUGUUCUGGCAUCCCAUGUUAAAGCUAGUUUUUAAAUUUGAAAUUCUCAAUGUUAAGUGGAUUUUAAGUUGCCGUUAUCAAUGUUUGUCAUGUUUUUUAGCCCCUCCCCCUUCUGUUUAAAUUUAGUUCUUCAUCAACUUGAACAAUAUGGGUACUUGAUGCAAACUAUGGAACAUUUCUCAUAUGUGUGUUUUUGAUUACGGUGUAAUUGUCAACUGGGAUGUAACUACUGUGAAUAGCCUGAACGUGAGCUCCUCUCACUGAACGAUGAAUGACCUGUACAUAGACGUCACAGAGUGCCUUUCUGACCAUUCUCUCAUCUCUGAUCCACUGUCUGCUCUCCUCACUCCGUGUGUCCAGUACCAGGGACUCGCAUUAUGUUUUAAAGUGUCCUAAUUUGUUUUGUUUUCGUUAGUUUCCUAUGCGAAGAGCAUCAACACACUUUAAGUCUUUCUAUGUAAAUAUGUACAUUUUUUUUUUUUUUUUUUUUAAAUGUGUCUUCAACUACAACCAGCAACCCGAUUUGGAGAUUUAGUGCCCUGGUUCUGCUUAAGUGUGCCGAGUUGUACAGUUAUCAUUUUAUGGUACUUUGGACAAUAAAGACAUGUAAUGAAAUACA